UAGCGGCUGUGCGCGUCCACGUCCCUGCAGCCUCUCUCUCUCUUUCUCUGCUUCGUCUCUCUCCCUCCCUCUCUCUCUCUCCUCCAUCUGCUGUUAUUCUCUUGUUCUUGUUCCUUUUUCUGCCUUUGCUACACGUACCCACCCACCUUCCCCCUUACUAACCCCUGCGCCUUUAUACUAAUUACCCUUCUUUCCUCAUUCGUAGAAUAUUCCCAUUUACACGCCCCUACCCUCCUAAUAUACUGAACACUCCACCUCCAAAUUUUAUUCAUUCCCUGCCAUCAUUUGCACAUAUGAGAAAACAUAUCUUUGCUGGUAGCUCAUGCUUCCUCCACAUUCAUCACUUUCUAGGUUAUUGCUCUGCCCUGAUUGUAGUCUCCUGAUAAUCCCAGCCUGUCACUAGUCUCUGUGACUUUCUCUAUUCUCUGUCAUCCUUCUCUAUUGCUCCAAACUGGAUUGUGCGGCACAGAGGGUUCCUUCUUCAUGCAAUACAAUAUUCUGAUUCCGGGAUAAAACUGUGGUUUUGCUGGUUCCUGUCUUGCAACUUCCUUUGUAGUGUUUUUCUCUUGGUGGGAAAGUGGCCGCGCAAAGCGAGGAGCUGGCGCCAAUGCCUCCCAAAAUGGCGUCUGUGCGAUUUACGGUUACCCCAACCAGGAUGGAUGAUUUGGGGGGAAUAUCAGACACAAGCCCAGAUCUCAGCUCUUCUUCCCGUGUACGGUUCAGCUCUCGAGAAAGUGUCCGGGAUGCGAGUCGUAGUGAAGCAUACAGUGACAGCUCAUUGGCCACCACUGCUGUGGAUCCAGCUAGCGAGAGGACCUCUAACCCAAUGGACACUGGAGAAGAUCGGAGCCAGACAUCGGUAACAGAGGAGAACAGCAAGCUCCUAGAGAUUGACCGUAGGAAGAACUCAGCGCUGUACAACCACAAUGAAGAGGGGGACGAUUCAUAUGACAGGAAUCUUGCUCUUUUUGAGGAAGAGAUGGACACACGUCCCAAAGUUUCCUCUCUACUUAACCGUUUGGCCAAUUACACCAACCUCCCUCAGGGUGCGAAAGAGCAUGAGGAAGAAAGUGAGGGUAAGAAGAAGCCAGCUAAGACACCUCGAAUGGGCACUAUCAUGGGAGUGUACCUCCCAUGCCUACAAAACAUUUUUGGUGUAAUCCUCUUUCUUCGUCUCCCCUGGGUAGUGGGAACCGCUGGUAUCUUACACUCCUUUUGCAUUGUUUUUGCCUGCUGCUGUUGUACCAUGCUUACAGCAAUCUCCAUGAGUGCAAUAGCAACAAAUGGAGUAGUACCAGCGGGAGGUUCAUACUUUAUGAUUUCUCGGGCUCUGGGACCUGAAUUUGGAGGGGCUGUUGGUCUAUGCUUUUACUUAGGAACAACAUUUGCCACAGCUAUGUACAUACUUGGAGCCAUUGAGAUAUUCCUGGUGUACAUUGUUCCACAGGCUGUCAUUUUCAGAGAUGAGGGAGUGGCGGAGAACUCGGCAGCGAUGCUGAAUAACAUGCGGGUUUAUGGCACCGGAUUUCUCCUUCUCAUGUCUGUCAUCGUCUUUGUGGGUGUACGCUAUGUGAACAAGCUGGCUUCACUCUUCUUGGCUUGCGUCAUACUGUCUUUAUUGGCCAUCUAUGCGGGAGCACUGAAAUCUGCCUUUGCUCCUCCUGAUUUCCCUGUUUGUUUGGUCGGGAACCGAACCCUGUCUAGGCUUCAGUUUAGCACCUGUGCCAAGACUGUGGAAAAGGACAACACCACUUCAGUGUCUGAUUUGUGGGACCUGUUUUGUCAUCCCCACGGGUUGUUGAAUGGGUCAUGUGAUGAAUACUUUGACCACAAUAACGUUACAGAAAUCCAUGGAAUUCCAGGCUUGAGCAGUGGAAUCAUUGCAGAAAACCUGUGGAGCAAUUAUCUCCUGAAGGGAGAGAUUAUAGAAAAAGCAUCUUUGCCUUCAUCUGAAAUAUUGGGCUCCUCGUCCCAUGAUUAUGUCCUGGCUGACAUUACCACAUCUUUCACACUCCUUGUCGGCAUCUUUUUUCCAUCUGUUACAGGAAUAAUGGCUGGAUCCAAUCGUUCUGGGGACCUCAAGGAUGCUCAAAAAUCCAUUCCGAUCGGCACAAUUCUUGCAAUCCUUACUACUUCUUUAGUCUAUCUCAGUAAUGUCAUCCUGUUUGGAGCCUGUAUCGAUGGAGUGGUGCUUAGAGACAAGUUUGGAGAUGCAGUCAAAGGUACCCUUGUGGUAGGAGCACUGUCAUGGCCAUCACCUUGGGUCAUAGUGAUUGGAUCUUUCUUCUCCACCUGCGGAGCUGGACUUCAGAGCCUUACUGGAGCCCCUCGCCUGCUGCAGGCUAUUGCAAAGGAUGGAAUCAUCCCCUUUCUGCGGGUGUUUGGACAUGGAAAAAGUAAUGGGGAGCCUACGUGGGCUCUGCUCCUCACAGCUGUGAUUGCGGAGUUAGGGAUCUUGAUUGCCUCUUUGGAUCUGGUAGCACCAAUCCUGUCCAUGUUUUUCCUCAUGUGUUACCUCUUUGUGAACUUGGCCUGUGGAUUACAGACUCUGCUACACUCUCCCAAUUGGCGACCCCGCUUCCAGUAUUAUCACUGGACCUUAUCUUUCUUGGGUAUGGCACUCUGUCUGGCUCUAAUGUUCAUUUCCUCCUGGUAUUAUGCCAUCAUUUCCAUGGUGAUUGCAGGAAUGAUCUACAAGUAUAUAGAGUAUCAUGGAGCUGAAAAGGAAUGGGGAGAUGGGAUACGAGGGCUUUCUCUAAGUGCAGCACGCUUUGCUUUACUGCGACUGGAGGAAGGACCGCCACACACUAAAAACUGGAGACCCCAGCUCCUUGUCCUGGUGAAGCUAGACUCUGAUCUCCAUGUCUCGCAGCCACGCCUUCUCUCUUUUGCUUCUCAACUGAAGGCUGGAAAAGGUUUAACCAUCGUCGGAUCAGUGUUGCUUGGGGAUUACUUGGAGAAUUAUGCAGAGGCUCUGGCAGCAGAGCAGGCACUGAAACAGCUGAUGGAGCAAGAACGAGUCAAAGGCUUCUGCCAGGUGGUGGUAGCACAGAAGAAAAGAGAGGGUCUGUCCCACCUUAUCCAGUCUUGUGGUCUUGGAGGAAUGCGACACAACACUGUCAUCAUGGGCUGGCCCAGUGGCUGGAGGCAAAGUGAUGACUCUCGGGCUUGGAAAACUUUCAUCACCACUGUUCGUAUUACCACCGCUGCUCGCCAGGCACUACUUGUGGCUAAGAACAUAUCCUUAUUCCCUGGAUCUCGGGAGACUCUAGCAGAGGGUAACAUAGAUGUGUGGUGGGUUGUGCAUGAUGGAGGUAUGCUGAUGCUGCUGCCCUUCCUCCUCAAACAGCACAAGGUGUGGCGGAAAUGCAAGAUGCGUAUCUUCACAGUGGCCCAGAUGGAAGAUAAUAGCAUUCAGAUGAAGAAAGAUUUAGCCACCUUCCUCUAUCACCUACGUAUUCAGGCUGAUGUGGAGGUAGUGGAGAUGCAUGACAGUGACAUUUCUGCCUAUACAUACGAACGGACGCUUAUGAUGGAGCAAAGAUCACAGAUGCUAAGGCAAAUGCGCCUCUCAAAAACAGACAGAGAAAGAGAGAAUCAGGCCCAGAGGCUCCAGUUCAGAAACUCUCCUAGCUAUGGAAAUAGCCCAAGACAGGCAGUCUCCCAGGCCCAGCUAGUGAAGGACAGAAACUCCAUUCUCCGUCUAACAAGUGUGGGCUCAGAUGACGAUGAUGACACAGAUGCUGCACCAGAAAGAGUACACAUGACAUGGACCAAAGAUAAACACCACGCUGUGCGUUUGGCCCAGAACAACCCGAUGCCCAGCUUCCAGGACUUGCUCAGCAUGCGGCCGGAUCAGUCAAACGUGCGGCGCAUGCAUACAGCUGUGAAACUGAAUGAGGUCAUCGUCAAUAAAUCUCAUGAUGCUAAACUGGUUCUGUUAAAUAUGCCAGGACCCCCCCGGAACACACAGGGUGAUGAAAACUAUAUGGAAUUCCUAGAGGUUUUGACUGAGGGCCUGGAGCGUGUGCUGCUAGUGAGAGGUGGUGGAACAGAAGUAAUCACCAUUUAUUCCUAACACAAGAACAAAUCUGCUACACCAUGCAUUGCACCAACUAUAGCAGAGCAAGAUUGCGUUACUGAAAGUGAAAGCAGUCAUUCAUAGCAGUUAAAGCAAUGAGAAACAAGUUAGGAAAUGUCCUACAAUAGUUAAAUGUCAAACCCUUGAUCUCUUUUAAUCAUUUCUAAUGCCAAAAAAAAAAAAAAAAGAGAGUGUUCAUUUUUGUUAUGUGAAAGCACUAUGCCAACAAAAGGGAUGACUGGAAGAACAGUAUUUUCUUACCGUGGACAGUGUCCCCUCAACACAUCUCUAUGCAGCAACAAGCACUAACUGCUUGUUAAAUAGAUCUGAAAUUGCCCUUGCAAGGAAUUCAUGUAUAAAGCCGGUCCACCCACUAUGAACAGUCCCUUUGCGAAGCAUUGUUGGAAACAGAGGUCCAGUCAUUGAAGGGUAUAAUGUUUUAGCACGCCUUAACUCCCGAUGUGACCGGGAGCAUGCUAAUUCAUACUACACUGGUGGAUAUGCAUUUUACCCUGAGCCUCCUUUCCAAAAUGGGGAUCAAAAUCUUUUAUGUACCUGUUUUGUGGACAGGUUACAUAAUUGUACAGAAAAGGAAUUUGUCUAUUGGAACUGUAUUCUUGGCUUGAUGCCAAUAAUUGUCUGAUAAAGGCAGAAGUAUUACCUCGGAUCUAAAACGAGAGAACGCAAAGGAAUCACAUUGAAUGUUCUAAGUUGCAUUGUCCUUUUUUAUUUUCUGUGUGUGGAAUAGUUGCCUAGUUUUAAUUUAUUGGUCAGUGCAUCAUUCCGUGUGUUUAAACUUUCUAUAAUUAUUGUUAGUGAUAUUUGAAGCAUUAUUAUUGUAAGAGAAGCAGGUUCCCAUUAUAUAGUAAUAGGACUGCAGGAUGCACCAGCUUCCUCAUCCCGUUCCCUCGUUCUACAGACAUAUCUACAAUUGUCAAUGUGUGUGUGUGUGUGUUACCAUUUUUUGUUUAUUAUGGGGGAAGGGGGGUUAUAAACUAAUAGGGACAACACAAUAAAAUGUUUUCUACAAAGCUG